AUGUUUGGCCACUUCAACCGGUUGCCCUGGGUUCAGGGUGCCGAUGUUCCUGUCGAAGUGGAUGUGUGGCAGGGUGGCUUUGACAGCAUCAACCGCGGCGCCGGUGAUCCCUGGCAGGGCCAGGUUCGUGGCAAGAUUUGGUGGAGCGAUGCGGUUGAGUACAUGGCUGCGAUCUAUCUCGCCGGUGACAUCACGCUGCUCACCUUCUCGGAGCUCUACUCUCUGCAGGUACCUACACUGGUGCCCCAUGCAGACUGGCAAGCCAGGAUUAUGUCGGACAUGUGCCGCACCGGCAUCGGCUGGUUUCACAUGCACUCACCCCUGUACCGGCUCGAGGGAGAGUUGACGUUCCCAUACUCUCCCUGGGGUUGCGAGCUGGACCAAAUUCGAUACUGGCUGCAAACUGCGGAUGCCUGGCGCUAUCCGCACGUGCAGCACUUCCACUCUUUUGUGGACCUGUAUCGACAGCUGCUGUCUUGGGCAGCAACGCCUGGAGAGCUGGAGAGGCUCCGUGGCGAGAUGGAGGCUUUCCACCUGCAGCUCUCGCGAAGGACGCUGCUGUACUUCUGGAACCUGCUUGCAGCCAAGCUUCCAGAGCUCCUCCUUGUGCCCGAGGAGCCCUCUCGGCUCACCGACCGCAUCAUUGCGGCUCGGCGCGUGUCGGCUACCCACACGCUGCGAAGGACAUUAGGCUUGCGAGCCUCCACGACGCGAUUUCCCGAGGGCGCCAGGACUCUGACGCAGAUGCAGUCCAAUGCGUUGUUGCGAACUCUGCUUGGCUCACAGGCUGAAAUGUAG